GAAAGAUGCUGGUAGCUCUGAUAAUCCUUCUAACGGGUUCCUACACAUCAGCCUAUAUUGGAACUGGACGAGGAACUAAAAGCACAAAUAUGGCAGACGUUUUAGUAACUAUGAAUAUCCUAAUUGAAUUUUCAAACGUACUUAGUGGCGUCCGAUGCGUUGAUCUCUGUCUCCAGAAUGAGGCGUGUGUGUCUGUAUUCUACAGACGGCAACACCGGCGGUGUCAGCUCCACGACGUGUUGUUCAUGUCGCCGCAGGACGGAGAACAGGAGACGGGUACAGUGUACUACAGCGUCACAACAGGUGAUUGUCCAUCUGGCUACGUCCACAACCGCCUCCUCAACUUCUGUUACCAGCUUCAUCCUGAGACGAUCUUGUAUGACGAUGGCCUAGCUAUCUGUAAAUCCAGAGGAGAACACCUUGUUGUCAUUGACAGUGAGGACAAGCAGAACCACUUAGUCAAGCAGAUCACCUCGUCAUCAGACACUAAGCCUUGCAGUUACUACAUCGAUGGGUCGGACGCAGCAAAUGAAGGGCACUGGGUAUUUCAUGAUGGCCGCAAUAUGACGUUCUUUCCCUGGGCUCCGGACUAUCCCCUUGGCGACAGUAGGAGGGACUACAUGUUGGCUCACAGGAAUGGAAACUUCCUAUGGCGCAAUGCGAUAAAUCUAAAAUAUAAGCAUUGUUACAUUUGUGGGAGGGAUGUGUGAUAUGCUGAAUGUUGCAGCAGUGGACAUUAUCACGCCUCCAAGAUGUGAUUGUGUAAGGAAUACAUCCUGGAUCUGUAAUGUAAUGAGUGAUUGUUGGUUAGUUUGUGUGUUUAACGCCGCACCCAGCAAUAUUCCAGCUAUAUGACGGCGGUCUGUAAAUAAUCGAGUCUGGACCAGAAUUUGACUGAAACUUUAGCGACCUGGUGACGAUCAUUAUAUUUACAUGUAUAAAAUCUUUAUACCGUGUGGUCCUAAAUUAAGAACACCAAGAACAAUUAAAUGUUUUUUGUCUUGUACAAAAAUCUAGAGUUUUUAAAAGUUAUACGGUGAAUAAGAAGACCUGGCUUUAUGCCGUCAAAGGGGGCACGGGUGGCCCAGUCGUCUAAGGCGCCGCGAUUCGCUGUGCAGAGUUGCGUCCCUUGGGCACGCCAGAAACCUAUGA